UGGGGCUCAGGUAAACAGCUAGGUUCUGGCCUUGGUAGGCUCCUCUGUGCCACACUCUCCUGAGAACUUUGGCUUAGAAAGUCGCGGCCUGGCGUUGUGCUGACUCAGUCUCUCGGGCUGCGAGUUUGGUGUCGGCUUCCUGGAGAGGGUGCGAAAUAGGAAGGGGAGAGUCGCGAUCCUCGGAAGCGGGACCCGAACCCCUUUGCUCGCUGGAAGCAGAAAUAUAGGUGGAUCUUGGUGGGACUGAGACGCAGUGCGAGGGCAGGCCGGAGCGGGUCUGAAAGGAGACUGCGGGACCCACCGUGCCCAGUCGGAUCAGACGACCUGGACAGUGCUUUCACGGACUGCCCUAGGAGGUGUCCGGGUCUGUGACCCCAACAGAGGGCCAUUACAGAAGCUCUGCCAAGAAGGUCGAUAUCUGGACUGGUCUCCGCUGGGAAGUUUCUGUAUUUUCCUGCCUUGAGUGACGAAUGAGCUAAUUGCAUAGUGUUUUGAGCGGAGACUCUAGGACCAACCAUGGAUAUCCUCUCACUCUCAUGACUCUACCCUGGUCUCCUUUGCUCAACUGUGCUUCUGGAUCACCUGUGUGUUUUCGAGGGUAAAAACACAAACAAGCAACUUACAGACAUCAUGAAUGAAUGUGUGGAUUUGGUGUCAUUUGAGGAUGUCACUGUGAACUUCACCUGGGAGGAGUGGCAGAAUCUCGAUGAUGCUCAGAGGGUGCUGUACAGGAAUGUGAUGCUGGAGACAUACAGCAGCCUGGUGUCACUGGGACAAUGCAGCCCUAAACCCGAGUUAAUCUUCAGAUUGGAACAGGGAGCAGAGCCAUGGACAGCAGACGAAUCUACAAACCAGAGUAUGUCAGCAACAAAGAUAAUGAGAAAUGGCAGAAGAUUCCAUCUUCUAUGAAACUAAAAGAAGUAAAGUUUCUGUAAACAUGAUAACAUCCUUGAGAAUCUAUGGAUUAUCAGACAUAGGAGGGUGCAUCAGCAAUUUGGAGGUGAAUGUCAAAGCUCUUGAUAUCACAAGUA